GCUGCGCAUAGCCGAGGCAGAAGUUGGGGAGGUGACGGUAUUUGCUCGCUUCGGCUCAGCGUGGGUGUUGUUUACAGUGCCUCGUGUGUCCUAUGGCCUUCUAAACUGUGCUGGCCCGACUUUCCUGACACCUGCUGAUGAUACAGUGGUAUUGAGGAGUGCCAAGCUUUGCUGCCACAAUGUACCUCUACAACCUGACCCUGCAGCGUGCAUCAGGGAUCACACAUGCUGUCCACGGCAACUUCUCUGGUGCCAGGACACAGGAGCUAGUGGUGUCCCGUGGCCGGUCACUGGAACUCCUGCGUCCUGACCCCAACACGGGCAAGGUCCAUACCAUCCUCACCACAGAUAUAUUCGGUGUGAUUCGCUCCCUCAUGGCCUUCAGGCUCACUGGAGGCAACAAAGAUUAUGUGGUUGUUGGUUCAGACUCGGGUAGAAUUACAAUUCUUGAAUAUAAUCAGUCCAAGAAUCAGUUUGAGCGCAUCCACAUGGAGACCUUUGGCAAGAGUGGAUGUCGCCGCAUCGUACCUGGUCAAUACCUUGCCAUUGAUCCCAAGGGCCGUGCUGUCAUGAUUGGGGCUGUAGAGAAGCAGAAGUUGGUGUACAUUCUGAAUCGUGAUGCAGCGGCCAGACUCACUAUCUCAUCUCCUCUGGAAGCCCAUAAGUCCAACACACUUGUAUAUCACAUGGUGGGAGUGGAUGUGGGCUUUGAAAACCCUCUCUUUGCCUGCUUGGAGAUUGACUAUGAGGAAGCUGACACUGACCCUACAGGAGAAGCUGUUCAUCGCACCCAGCAAACCUUAACCUUCUAUGAGCUGGACCUGGGACUCAACCAUGUGGUCAGGAAGUAUCAUGAACCUCUGGAGGAACAUGCCAACUUCCUUAUAUCUGUACCAGGUGGCAAUGAUGGUCCCUCGGGUGUGCUGGUCUGCUCGGAGAAUUACAUCACCUACAAAAACCUUGGUGACCAGCCCGACAUUCGCUGCCCCAUCCCCAGACGCAGGAAUGACCUGGAUGAUCCUGAGAGAGGAAUGAUUUUCAUCUGUGCUGCGACACACAAGACUCGCUCCAUGUUCUUCUUCCUUGCCCAGACGGAACAGGGUGACAUCUUUAAGAUCACCCUAGAGACAGAUGAAGAUGUGGUGACAGAGAUCAAGCUUAAGUAUUUUGACACUGUUCCACCAGCCACUGCUAUGUGUGUACUCAAGACAGGCUUUCUCUUUGUUGCCUCCGAAUUUGCCAACCAUUAUCUCUACCAGAUUGCACACUUAGGAGAUGACGAUGAUGAACCAGAAUUCUCAUCGGCAAUGCCCCUGGAGGAAGGUGAUACUUUCUUCUAUGCUCCCCGGCCACUGCAGAACCUGGUGUUGGUGGAUGAGCUGGACUCCCUGUCUCCCAUCAUGGCCUGCCAGAUUGCUGACUUGGCUAACGAGGACACACCACAGUUGUACACUGCCUGUGGCCGUGGGCCGAGGUCUUCCUUGCGGGUGCUACGUCAUGGACUGGAGGUGAGCGAGAUGGCUGUAUCUGAGCUGCCUGGCAACCCCACUGCUGUAUGGACUGUGAGGAAGAGGAGUGAAGAUCGCUUUGACUCUUAUAUCAUGGUGUCCUUUGUCAAUGCUACUCUUGUGCUGAGCAUCGGGGAGACAGUCGAAGAAGUGACGGACUCAGGCUUUCUAGGAACCACACCCACUCUGGCUUGUUCCCAGCUGGGUGACGACGCCUUGGUGCAGGUUUAUCCGGACGGCAUCAGGCACAUCCGAGCUGACCGUCGAGUGAAUGAGUGGAAGGCUCCCGGCAAGAAGACCAUCGUCCGCUGUGCCCUCAAUCAGCGGCAGGUUGUCAUUGCACUCACUGGGGGAGAGAUCGUGUACUUUGAAAUGGACCCAACAGGACAGUUGAAUGAGUACACAGAACGGAAGGAGAUGAAAAGUGAUGUCAUCUGUAUGGGUGUGGGUCGCGUUUCGGCCGGGGAGCAGCGGUCAAGGUUCUUGGCUGUUGGAUUGUCAGACAACACCGUUAGAAUCAUCAGUCUAGACCCAAAUGACUGCUUGACCCUGCUGGGCAUGCAAGCAUUACCGGCUCUGCCUGAGUCACUUUGCAUCAUUGAAAUGGGUGGACAGGAGUCAGUGGAUGGGGAACCUCGCACUCUAGGAGCACUCUAUCUCAACAUUGGCCUGCAGAAUGGUGUGUUGCUUCGGACGGUCCUGGAUGGCGUGACAGGUGACAUGUCAGAUACCCGCACUCGAUACCUUGGCUCGCGGCCAGUCAAGCUCUUCCGAAUCAUCAUGCAGGGCAAUGAGAGUGUCCUGGCAAUGUCGUCCCGGUCAUGGCUCAGCUAUUACUACCAGAACCGCUUCCAUCUCACUCCCCUGUCUUACGAGAGUCUGGAGUACGCGGCAGGCUUCUCUUCAGAGCAGUGUCCUGAAGGCAUUGUGGCCAUCUCAACCAACACCUUGCGAAUCUUGGCCCUGGAGAAGCUGGGAGCCGUCUUCAAUCAGGUGUCUCAUCCCUUGGAAUACACACCACGCAAGUUUGUGAUCCACCCAGAGAGUGGACACCUCCUGCUCAUUGAGACAGACCACAAUGCUUACACAGAGGACACCAAACGACAGAGGAAGAUGCAGAUGGCAGAGGAAUUGAGAGAAGCAGCUGGAGAGGAGGAGGCUGAGGUGGCCGAGAGGAUGGCUGAGGCACUGCUGUCUGAGGACCUCCCUGAUGCAGUGUUUGGUGCAGCCAAGGCUGGACCGGGCAUGUGGGCAUCCCUGGUGAGGGUGAUUGAGCCCAUCCAAGGCAAGACACUUCACACGAUUCACCUGGAGCAGAAUGAGGCAGCCUUCAGCAUCGGCCUGGUUAAAUUUGCCAACCAGCCUGACAUGGACCAGCAGUUCCUCCUGGUUGGGACAGCACGAGACUACCAGUUGAGUCCUCGGCAUGUUGAGUGUGGCUACAUAUAUUGCUACAGGGUGGCAGCAGACUGCACAUCGCUGGAGCUGGUUCACCGCACUGAAGUGGAGGACAUUCCUACCUCCAUCUGUGCCCACAGUGGCCGUGUGUUGAUUGGUGUGGGCCGACUCCUCAGGAUAUACGACCUGGGGAAGAAGAAACUACUGAGGAAAUGUGAGAAUAAGCACAUUCCAAAUCUCAUAGUGGACAUCAAGGCGCGAGGGCAGAGGGUGUAUGUGACGGAUGUGCAGGAGAGUCUGUUUGUGCUGCGCUACAGACGCCAUGAGAACCAGCUCAUCAUCUUUGCUGAUGACACAAACCAGAGAUGGGUGACCACAUCAUGUCUCCUUGACUAUGACACAGCUGCUCUUGCUGACAAGUUUGGUAAUGUGGCUGUGGUCCGUCUUGGUAAUGAUGUCAAUGACGAUGUGGAUGAAGACCCAACAGGCAACAAGGCGCUGUGGGACCGAGGAUUGCUGAAUGGGGCGUCACAGAAGGCAGAGGUGGUGGCCAACUUCCACGUGGGAGAAACCAUCAAUACUCUGGAGAAAGCCACGCUCAUUCCGGGAGGCAGUGAGUCCCUUGUGUACACGACACUGAGUGGCACAGUUGGCGUCCUGGUUCCAUUCACGUCACGGGAGGAUCAUGAACUUUUCCAGAACCUUGAGAUGCAUAUGAGAUCUGAACAUCCUCCUCUGUGUGGCCGUGAUCACCUCUCCUUCAGGUCUUACUUCUUCCCUGUUAAGAAUGUGAUCGAUGGUGAUCUGUGUGAGCAGUUCAACAUGGUGGACUCAGUCAAACAGCGGUCCAUUGCUGAAGACUUAGACAAAACCCCCAAUGAGCUUUCCAAGCGACUGGAAGAUAUCAGGACCAGAUACGCCUUCUAAGGUGGAAGGUUGUGUACUGCCUCUUACUCCGCCCUCCUUACCUUGUGAGUGUUUCCUCUUCUUUUGAGGCACCCUGUCUAGCUAUUACUUGUAAGAUAGGAGUCACAGUGAGGUAGUCAGGAAGAUUCAGGUCCAGGUGAGACAACCAGGAAGAUACAAGUCACUGUGAGAUGAUCAAGGGGAAGAGAUUGACAUCAUUAUAGCAGAUAAGAAAGCAUCUUGGUAACUUGAAUCUGUUAGACAUCCUAUUUUUUUUAUUCAUGACCUGUCUUUAAAAGUAGCUGCACUUGUUUAUUCUGAAUUCAGUGAAGACCAUCACCAAAAUAAAGCUGGCUGAUUAAAGACUGUGAAGGUAUGUUACUAAAUGCUGGAAACUUUUAAGGUAUACACAUACAAGACCAUCACCAAAAUAAAGCUGACUGAUUAAAGACUGUGAAGGUAUGUUACUAAAUGCUGGAAACUUUUAAGGUAUAUACAUACAAGACCAUCACCAAAAUAAAGCUGACUGAUUAAAGACUGUGAAGGUAUGUUACUAAAUGCUGGAAACUUUUAAGGUAUACAACUACAAACUACUUCCAUAGGAUGUUUAGGAUGCCAGUCAUCUUGUUUCUUCAGUAUCUACAGUAGCCCCCCUGUGUCUCUCUCUCUCUCUCUCUCUCUCUUUUAUCAAUUAAUUUCUUUAUCAUCUAUUUGUGGCUUACUGUGCUAUCUGUAUUAGUAGAUCAUCAUUCAGUUUAGUUUACAUUCCUUGGAAGCCACAGCCAAACUUUGGUUACUUUAUUACAAAAAUUGUUUUUAGGUACAAGUAUUAUAAAGAAGCAAAAAAGUUGUCAGGUACAUACUUAUUAGACAUUGGUUAAAGAACGAAAGUAGUUCUAUGGUUUGUGUAGAUUGUAGAAUUGAAUUGAAGUGUAUGGGUUUGAAGCACAUUGUAUAAAUAGUACUUGCACAUUAGUCAUUGACAAUUCAUGUUCAUUAGUUUCUUAAGUUGUGUUAUUUUUCACUAAAUCCUCUGCAUCUCAUUUGCAUGUGUUAUUUUCAUAAAUCUUUUCAUAAUAAGUUCGGCUCAGAAUUAUUGGGAAUUCUUUUCUCGUGACAUCAGUGUAGUUGUUUUUGUUAUCUAUCACACAAAUGUUUCUUAUAUGACAGUUUGGUAUUUUGAAUGUAGUGAUGAUGGAGACUAAUUUUUUCAAAGCCUAGAUUAUGGUCAUGGUCACAGUCAAAAUAUUUAAAGUUUCCACAGAGGUUGAGAGUUUGGAGGGGUCAGUAAUAUGGAUCUGUGUAUGGUGACAUGUCUGUGGCAUGUUUGAGUAGUGUUCUGUUGGAGGCUUACAUUAAGCAGAGAUAAGCUUUUGUGUGAUGGACAGAUGACAGAUUGCUAGCUAAUAAGGUACAAUUGUCUUAGCAAGUAAGGGAUAUUUUAUAUACAUAAAAAAUAAAUAUUGUUACUGUAUUCUCAAC